AUGUCGCGUUGGGACGUUUUCGAGAGACGCUAUCGAGAUUUCGACUUUCGCCCGAGCGAUGAGGUGCAGGACGUUGUUCGCGUUCUCGUCGACGGAGGGACGACGGCGGACGACCACGAGCCGUGGGAACGCCGACGACGUGUGUCGCCGGUGCGGUUUCUGUGCGACCGGGAGCUGGGUGCGCGCGGAACCGGCGAACGCGCGGCGAGACAGGGAGUCGCGGUCCAACGAGAUUACCGUACACGCACUCUCACUACAUUGAGUCAGUUGUCAGAGGAAGAGAGUGUCGACACAGUGGAAUUACGAUCGAGAUUUGCGAUUCUCAAGGACAAAACGUGUGAACUAGAGGAACUUGAUCAACAGAUACUUCACGCGAUGCAGGAUGCUGCAGACACAUCGGAGAAUGACAUAAUUAAAGAAAUAGAGCAUGCGGACGAAUAUCAUAUCAAAUAUCAAAGAAUGAAGAAGUUGCAAAAGUUUAGUGGCGACUUAAAGGAAUGGCUGCAGUUCUGGAGUCUGUUCAAGAACAUACAUAAAGACGGAUCUAUUACAAAGAAAGAUAAGUUUCAAUACCUCGUACAAGCCAUGGUAAAGGAUUCGAGAGCUAGUGAACUUGUCAAUAGUUUCCCUCCAACAGCUGAAAAUUAUGAUAAGGCGAUUGACAGUCUCAAAGCCAGAUUUGGUAAGAAUGAAUUGCUAAUAGAACUGUAUAUUUGUGAGCUUCUCAAGGUAGUACUUAAUAACACAGCAAAAGCGGAAAGUAAGAUGCCCAUAGGUAGCCUUUACGACAAACUCGAGACACAUCUAAGAGCGCUCAAAUCGUUAAAUGUAACUACCGAGAUGUGCGCUGCUAUGUUAUAUCCAUUAGUUGAGUCAGCGUUGCCUGAAGAUUUGUUAAGAGCAUGGCAGAAGCAUUCUACGACAUUAGUCUCCAAAGAAAAUAAAGAAAAGAAAAGAAAACAAAAAUUAGAAGGAAGCGAAAUACCUUCAACAGCAGGCCUGAUCAAUGCCAAACCUCUACGAGUAAUCGAAUGUAUUUUCUGUAAUGAAAAACAUGACAGCAGCCAAUGCGAUAAAGCGAAAAUAAUGUCACUGGAAGAGAGACAGCAAGUAAUAAAGACAAAAAGCGCUUGUUUUAACUGCUUAAAAGUAGGUCACAGUUUUAAGAAAUGCCAUUACAAGGAAAAAUGUCCCUGGUGCGGGAGACAACAUGUGUUGUUGAUGUGUCGCAACAUAACCACAAAUCCUAAGGCAAAGGAAUCGAACGACUCAGAGGUUAAGAAAGAGAAUAAAAUAGAAGGACGAAAUUUAGCGAGUCUUUCUAAGAAUCCUGAGGUGUUCUUACAAACAUUGCGAGUCUGUCUGGUGAACAAUGGAGUGGAAUUACAGGUACAUGCUGUUAUAGACACUGGCUCUCAUCAUUCUUAUAUUAAAGAUCGUGUAGCAAAGAAACUUCGAUAUGAACCAGUCGGAAAGCGUACGAUGGUCCACUUAUUAUUUGGAGGAGAGCAGACUCGGCCACAAGAGCACCAAUGUUACAACGUACACUUACGUAGUUUGGAUGGAUCGUACAAUUGUAAAUUCUUAGUCUAUCAACAAGAUACUAUCUGCCAGAGCAUCUCAACAGUGUCUAGAGGGCCUUGGAUAAAUGAAUUAAAAGAGAAAUCUGCAACAUUAUCAGAUUUUGGACAUGAAAAGCUUCCCAUUUCUGUUUUGAUAGGUGCCGAUAUUGUGGGCAAACUAUAUACUGGCAGAAUUCUUAAUCUCAAAUGCGGAGUCACUGCUGUAAAAACACGUUUAGGAUGGACAUUAUUGGGUCAAACUCCACAAUUUAAGAAGCAAAAUCCAGGCACGGCAUUAACUGUUUUAUCACUAUACACGCAAGAAGCAGAUUUGAUUGAAUUGUGGAAUCUUGAUAUCAUUGGCAUAGAAGAUCUUAUUCUGAAAUUGACGAUGGAAGAACACUUACAGGAAGUUCUAAAUAGAUUCCGGGACACGAUUAGCACUGAUAAAACCGGAAGAUAUGAAGUGUCUUUACCUUGGAAAAAAGAUCAUCCACUUCUCUGCGACAAUCGAGAAAUUGCCGAAAGGAGGUUAGGAAAUACUUUGGCAAAACUUAAUAAAGAUGGUCUACGCUAUGCGUAUGAAAAGGUGUUCGACGAAUGGCUUCAAGAAGGCAUAAUUGAGCAGGUCCUUACAGAAGAGACGAAUUUUGGAUACUAUCGACCGCCUACAGGAAAGGAUAAACCUUCGCUAAAUCAGUGUCUGGAAGCAGGUCCCAAUUUCAUUGAGCUAAUAACUACAUUAAUUUUUUGUUUUCGUGAGAAUCAGUUUGGAGCGAUCGCGGACAUAAGGAAGGCCUUUCUACAGAUUAGUAUAGCUACAGAAGAACGUAAUUACUUGAGAUUUCUUUGGCAAAGAACUUCAGAUAAUAGACUGGAGACUUAUCGUCACUGUCGGGUGGUCUUUGGAGUUACUAGUAGCCCUUUUCUAUUGGGAGCUACUAUCGACUAUCAUUUGGAGCAAGCAAUGGAGAAGGCUCUAAACGAAAAUGAAAGAUCGAUAAUUGAGAAGCUGAGAAAGUCGUUUUACGUGAACAAUUGCGUUGCCAGCGUCGAAACAGAAGAAGAAAUGAAUAAAUUCAGAGCAGUCGCAACUUCUGUUAUGAACAACGGAGGCUUUGAUCUACGUGGAUGGGAAUUUUCGGAAAAAUGUGAUCUUCUCGCAGAAACUUCAGUGCUCAGAUUAACAUGGAACAAACAAGAAGAUGUUCUAAUGCUCUCGCGAGUAACUUCAUGGAAAAUUCCUGAGAAAAUUACGCAAAGAGAAAUAUUAUCUUUCGCACAAAGGAUUUAUGAUCCGUUAGGUUUCGUUUGCCCCGUUACACUUCAUCCCAAGUUGCUUUUGAGAAAGUUGCAGGAAAAUCUUGGUUGGGACGGAAGUACUAACAGAUCCGCGAUAUCAUUGCAUCUCUUCGUAGAUGCAAGUCAAGACGCAUACGCUGCAGUGAUAUUUUGUAGAGUGGAGACCAAAGACAAAGAAGACGUAAAUUUUGUACAAGCCAAGGCUCGGGUAGCACCAAAGAAGCAAAUUACAAUACCAAGGCUGGAAUUAUUGGCAGCUAUGAUUGGAACGAGGCUUAUGAGAUCUACACUAGCAGCACUAAACAGUCAACAGAUUGAAACAGAUUGA